AUAAAAUAUCACGGACAAUGCCACAGCGGGCCAACGGAUUUUGAUAAAGAAUCUCCAGUCCGUUUGAUGAGCUCCUCUGAGGCAGUCAAGCAUCGCGCCUCAUCCACCAUCGAUGGGGUCCUCCGCCACCGCGGCGGCACCCGCGACGCCUUUCUCUCGGUCUCCGCCGCCGCCACGACGCAUCCCUCACCGCCCUGUGGUCUCGGGUGUUCUUUCCACUUUCGUUGCUCACGGCCAGGCGUGCACAUCCCCAUUUAGCGCCGUCGUUUCCCCUCCAACAAUGCCAAACACAUCGCUCCGAAGCUUGAAUGGGGCGUGGAAGGUGAGGUCGCUGAUUAAGCAGCCUCUUAUCUGCGCCGAUGAUCAGUGGGGCAUGUGGACCGCUCUCUUCGCGACCGGCGCUUUUGGUCUCUGGUCUGAGAAGACCAAUAUUGGAAGUAUGGUGAGUGCUGCAUUGGUCAGCACUUUGAUUGGGCUUGCGGCGAGCAAUGUCGGGAUCAUUCCUUUUGAAGCGCCUGCUUACUCGACAGUGUUGGAAUUCCUGCUGCCAUUAACUAUUCCAUUGUUAUUGUUCCGAGCAGACUUGCGUCGUGUAUUUCGAUCCACUGGGAAGUUGCUCUUGGCUUUCUUGCUCGGUUCAGUUGCCACUGUAGUCGGUACUGUAGUGGCAUUUCUGCUAGUGCCAAUGAGAUCGCUUGGUCAAGAUAGUUGGAAGAUUGCUGCUGCUCUUAUGGGAAGUUAUAUUGGUGGAUCUGUUAAUUAUGUCGCAAUCUCCGAGGCUCUUUCAAUUUCUCCAUCAGUAGUGGCUGCUGGGGUUGCUGCAGACAAUGUCAUAUGUGCUGUGUACUUCAUGAUAUUGUUUGCCUUGGCCUCCAAAGUACCUCCUGAGACUUCAAAAUCACCCAGUGAUGCUUCAGUGUCUCUGGAGUUGGAUUCUGGAGGCAAGAUCCCUCUUCUACAAACUGCUACAGCCGUGGCUGCAGCAUUUGCCAUCUGUAAAAUUGGAACUUAUAUAGCAAAGUUAACUGGAAUUCGAGGAGGAGGUUUGCCAAUUGUAACAGCUCUAGUUGUCAUCUUAGCAACUACUUUUCCUGCGCAAUUUGGUUCCCUUGCACAUUCCGGUGAUGCUAUUUCGCUAGUUCUGAUGCAGGUUUUUUUUGCUGUGGUGGGAGCUAGUGGUAGCAUCUCGAAUGUCAUCAACACAGCUCCUAGCAUCUUCAUGUUCGCUCUGGUUCAAGUGAGCAUCCAUCUAGCUUUGAUCCUAGGAUUUGGAAAGCUGUUUCGCUUUGAUCUGAAGCUUUUAACUUUGGCAUCCAAUGCCAAUAUUGGAGGCCCUACGACAGCCUGCGGGAUGGCCACUGCCAAAGGAUGGGAUUCUUUGGUUGUCCCCGGAAUUCUCGCCGGCAUUUUUGGAGUCUCAAUAGCAACUUUUCUAGGCAUAGCUUUUGGACUGUCUGUUCUGAGAUACAUGUAGAAGAACCUGCAGCAUCUUAUUUGCCAAUCUUGCUGUGAUUUACUUA